ACAGCACAACUGCCCUAACCCUUCCCUUUGUUUGGUCUAUAAACGCAAGCCGCCGCACACAUUCGCGGCCUUUCCUCUUUCCUGUAGACCUCUCUUGGCCGGAGGCGCCAGUUGCGGGCAAACCCCAAGCCAGCGGAGCUCCCUUAGCCGUAUUUCAGAAAUUAUAGGUUGUUUAAUCCAAUUACACAAUGAGGUUGGAGAAAUGUUGGUUCUGUUCUUCUACUGUAUAUCCAGGGCAUGGCAUUCAGUUUGUUCGUAAUGAUGCAAAGAUUUUUCGAUUUUGUCGAUCAAAAUGCCACAAGAACUUCAAAAUGAAGAGGAACCCUCGCAAAGUGAAAUGGACCAAGGCUUAUAGAAGAUUACAUGGAAAAGACAUGACACAGGAUUCGACCUUUGAGUUUGAAAGAAAGCGAAAUAGGCCCGAGAGAUAUGACAGGAAUCUUGCGGAGAACACUCUGAAGGCUAUCAAGAAGAUAGACAAAGUCAGAACCGAUAGGGAGAUAAGACACCAUGAGAAGAGGAUGAAAGGCAAGAAUCUCAAGGAGCGGAAGGAGGCUGCGAAGGAAUUGGAACAGGGUAUCCAUUUGGUCAAAGCUCCUCUGGCUCUCAAACAAGAACCAUCGCUCACACUACCGAAAAUUUCAGUCAAGGUUCCACAACAGCAGACCCAGGAAAAUCAUGCAAUGGAAGAAUGAAUUUGUGUUUGAGCACUCUUGUUGUUUUGCGCUCUUCUUCCCCCACAUUUUGGCGUUGUUCCUGUAACUUUUGAGAGAACUUUUUUCUUUGUCAGUUUCUAAGUGCAGUAAGCAUGACCCCCACAAUAGUGUUUUCUUUUUCUUUCUUGUGAGGCAUUAUAACUAUGUUUUCAGUUUUGUGUUUGGUAUAUGAGAUAUUAAACCUGAAAAUUGUUGUUUAGCUCCA